UGCAAUUGUAAACAAACCUCAAAGGUCUCUCACAGACGUAAGGAAAGAACUCACCAAAGCAAGUGGAAAGGAAGACACUGAAGCCAUUUCAAAAGAAAUUCUAGGAGAUAUAGACUUGUCUGAAGCCGCAAAUGAAAAUAGUAACAACGAAAAAUAAAGAAGAAUCGUGAAUAGGUUUUUCGUGCAAGUGAAAAUGUUGAUGUUACAGUGUGAUACCAACGUUACCAAAAACCUUCAGUGGUUGCGUGGGAGAAGUGAACUUUGUGAUGUUGUGGUCAUCGAUGGAGAUGGCCAGCAGAAUCCCGCUCACAGCUGUGUUUUGGCUGUGCAUUCCACUGUCAUAGCAGCAGUCCUUCAGGGUCGUUUGGCUGCAUCGCGAGACUGGUCAGUCAUGAGACCACUCAUUAUAUCCAUUGAUGAUGCAUCCUUGAAGAAUUCUGCCGCUGGACAAGAUGCUGCAGCAGGCAUAAAUGUGAUGGAAGCCUUAGUGAGACUUUUAUAUGGGGAGAAAGUGAGCAUUUCUCCAUCUCACCUGGCAUUGCUAAUCCAGUAUGCUGAAAUGCUUGGUCUUUCACAUCAGAUCUUGGACUGUCUGCACUCCAAAGUUCCUUUCUCAAACGAGGAGAAUCCCAGCACAGACAAAGGAAGAGUAAGGAAGAAGCACAGCAGAAAGCCUGUUUUAAAAGGAAAUCUCAAAAACACAGACAAGGCCACAGAGAGUUUAGUUCAAGACAAACUGGAAGAGUGCAUAGCUGGACCUCCUCAACCUGAGUCAAAACCUGUGUUGGAACAAGAAAAACAGACAAAAUUCCAAGUAGCUGAUUCAUUUGAAGAAAAAUCUGAUGCAGACAGCAGCAUGCUUGACCUGUCAAUGCUGUGUUCAGAUGUGCAGGGUCUGAGUAGUGGAUUAAACAGCAGCUGGACCCUUGUUCAAUGCCAGGACCAAAACACCACUCAGCCAUCCAUCACUGAAUUACAAGAAGGUCAUGAAAGUGUCCCUGGCUUUGAAGAGGAGGCAUCCCUGGAAAGGUUAGGUGGGACUACUAAUGAGUCAUCUAUGGAAGACCUGACGUCCAAAUUAGAGUUCACAAACCAAGCUAGCGAAAUGGAAGGCGAAGGAACAUCUUGCACUGGAAAUGAGGGUACGAAUGACAUGCUGAGUGUGGUGGUGAGUGCUGAGCAACAGCAAAAUAUAUGUUCUGGUGAAACACAAAAGCUGCUGCAGAAGAAAAAACAGCAAAAACAGAGGUCUGUUGGAAGAGGUUUGAUCUGCACUGUUUGUGGAUCAGCAUUUCAGCGAUGUGGAGACUUGGUGAAACACGUUCAGAACAUGCAGCACUUCACUGUUGAGUGUCCUUUGUGCUUUGUGCAGGUACGAGAUCUUGAAGACCAGCGUUUACAUUUUGCUCUGCAUGACCAAGAACUCCCCUUUUUCUGCAUGUAUUGUGACCUGCGGUUUCGUACCCGAGCAGCUCUCACCAUGCACAUGCCAAAGCAUUCUACCUCUAAACCAUUUGUAUGCAGUGACUGUGGACGAGGAUUUAAGUGGCGCCAUGCACUACAAGCCCACCUGUACACCCACAGUCCAACCAUCAGACUGCUGUGUGAUAUUUGUGGAUUCUCCUCAAAAUAUGUCAGCAGUUUCAAGGCCCACCUCCUGCAGCACUCUGGCAGAGCCUUCCCAUGUCCCCACCCAGGAUGUUCGUUCACUUCUAAGAGGAAGACGCAUUUGAAUGAUCAUCUUGCUACCCAUUCUAAGACAAGAGUGCACCAGUGUGAAGUCUGCGGUCACUCCUUUUCACAUGCAAAGAACUUGAGACGACACAUGCGGCUUCAUGCACCUGCCUCCAAUCUACUAACCUGUCUAGCUGUCUCAAAACUCCAGUGUAACUUCCGAACUACCCGUCCUGACAAACUGCAUGACCAUCUGGCCAAGAAGCAUAACCUAAGUCGUCAUGCUCUCUCCUCUUCUGACUCUCUUGUGAAACUGAUAAAUACAUCUUCAUCUCUGACCAGCAACGAGUCAAAUGGCAUACAGAAACAAGCACCUGACUUGACAAAUCUCAGUAACUUGGCAUCAGCCGAAUCAACUAGUUAUAGCUUAGUCCAGGAACCCAGUGAAGACAUACCAGUUAUGGACAAAUUAGCCCCAAAAUCUUUAGACCCAGACAAUAUUACAGGCAUGGUAGAAGAACAUGUAAGGUAUCAAACAGCAGAUCAGACAGGAAAAGCUAGCAUAGAAGGACAUGCUGGAAUUGCUGCACCGCAGGAUAACUUUUCAGUGCUUGUAAAUUCACCUGAUAUAGAUUUGCCAGAUAUUCAGAGUCUGGAGAAUCACAGCAAUCAGGCAGAAAAGCAAGAAAAUGUUACUAGCAUCACGGUUUCCCCGGUUUUGGUAGAACAUAACAUUUUGCUCAAUAAAGCAGAUACAGCAAAUGUAGCCAGCAGUCAGCAUCUAGGGGCUGAUAACAUUUCUGGUAUCCAGAAUAAUUUAGUUCAAGAAACAAAUGACAAAAUGCAACUCUCUGUUCACCAGUCAGGCCUCCAAGAAGAAGGAAAUUUACAACUGGUGACAGGAAGCCAUGUACAAGCAAUGUCUUACUCUCAACAUUGUUCCUUUGCCAGAACAGACGAUGUUGUUCUUGAGGAUAAUGUCACUGUAGGGGAAAUGUCAUCAUCAUCCAAUGGUCACGGAUCAAACCUCUUGCUGGCAAUGCAUGGAAUCUCUCAAUAUCUUAGACUUUAUGUUAGACAAUGUCACUGGAUGAGUAGUCUGUCACUGGCUCACAUGUCUGAGUUUAUGUGCACAUUUUGUAUAUUUAUGAAGAUGUAAUCCCUAUAGAAGUAUCAUAUUAAAUUUUUUCUACUUGAA